AUGUUAGAACUCUUUGUGGUGUGGUGCGUUUACCCAUCGGAGGAGAACGAGACGCCAGCGUUCGUAGAAACUGGCCAUUGGUUGUAUUUUCACCAGAUUGAGCGGGAUCUUUUGCUGAAACAUAUGAUGGAUGCUACUUCGGAAAAGAGCAUCGUCGUAGGCAAGUACCUCACUCCUUCAGGGCGGGCAUGGCUGACUGUUGUAGCUUGUGGGGAUCCCGACUUCUCCGCUAAUGUCCGCAAAGCCGUCAUUGACUGUAGAGCAACUCGAUCUAUUGACUUCAUUGAACUCGUGCGCGCCGUCGGGUCCGAGCUCGCUGCCUGCCUGACGGGCGAGAAGGACGCCCUGCAGAUCCUGUUUGGCGACCCGGCCACCAGGGCGGUGCUCGAGGACGCGUACGACAGGUGGCCGCUCUUCCGCGCGCCAGGAUGGGUGCUGGGAGACUUCGUGGAGCGGGCGCUGACAGCAAAAUCCUCCGCUUCCACUGGCGACGGAAGCGGCGGCAAGUUCCGCAUCCUCGAGGUCGGUGCCGGCACGGGCGGCACGACAAAGGUCGUGGUCGAGCGGCUGCGCAGCCUGGGCGUCCCCUUCGAGUACGUCUUCACCGACAUCUCGACCUCCCUCGUCGGCACCGCGGCCAAGCGGGCCGAGUUCGCGGACCUCGCCGGCGACGGCAAGAUGUGCUUCAAGGUCCUGGACAUUGAGCAGCCGCCCAAGCCCGAGGACGUGGCGGCGUACUACAUCGUGCUGGCCUCGAACGCGAUCCACGCGACGCGCGACUUGGGCACGUCGCUGGGGCACCUACGGGCCAUGCUGAGCGACGACGGCGCCCUGACCCUUCUCGAGAUCACCCGCAACAUGUCCUGGCUCGACGUCGUGUUCGGCCCGCUCGAGGGCUAG